CCGGGCGACUUUAAUUUGUGUAUAUAAAUUGCUUCCUUCAUGCCGGGCAGUCGACGGUUGCUCUCUGGCUCGUAGGAGGCGGAGUAAAGACUCCCCGUAACACGCGCCGCACGUGCCAGCGUUCUCCUGUUGCUCUCUCCAGCCACGGUGGGAAGAGCUGAGCCUAGGGUUUCUCCAAUGAAUCAUUCCGCGUGAACAAGGAAGAUAGGGAAGAAGGGUUUUGUUUCAAUUUUGCUUCCCAUCUCGCCCUAAUUCUUAUACUCUCCAGUUCUUUUGGAAUAGCGUCAAUUUUAGAACGAUGGUGGUCAUAGAACCAGCAAUCGAACCUGAAGUGGAGGAGGAGGCAUCUACAAGCCGCCAUAAACCAAGGUCGGCAUCGACAGAUACGGUGGAGUCAGCAGAGCCCCUAACUCCGGAAGAGGGAUCAGCAAGCGAAGAUGAACGGUUUGAGGACGCUUUAACGGAAGAGCAGCUAAACGAGAAAGCAUUGAACCAAGCAAAUAAUGCUAAAGCAGAAGGAAAUAAGCUAUUCGGGUCUGGACUAUAUGACGAGGCAUUAUCACAAUAUGAAUCUGCUUUGCAAAUUGCUUCUGAAGUUCCUUCUUCUGAAGAAGUUCGAUCAAUGUGCCAUGCAAAUCGGGCUGUUUGCUUCUCAAAAUUGGGAAAAUAUGAUGAUGCCAUUAAAGAAUCUAACAAAGCAUUGGAGUUAAAUCCUUCUUAUGUUAAAGCUCUAUUUAGAAGGGGGGAGGCUCAUGAAAAGCUUGAGCACUAUGAGGAGGCCAUUGCUGACAUGAAGAAGAUCAUUGAGUUGGAUCCUUCGUAUGAGCAAGCAACAAGGAAUAUAAGGCGGCUGGAGCCAUUGGCAACAGAGAAGCGAGAGAAAAUGAAGGAAGAGAUGAUUGGAAAAUUGAAAGACAUGGGAAACAGUAUAUUGGGGAGAUUUGGAAUGAGCGUCGACAACUUCAAAGCAGUGAAAGACCCCAAUACAGGCUCAUAUUCCAUCUCCUUCCAGCGCUAGCUACUUGGUAUGCUAUUCGCGGAACCAGAUUCACAUAAAAGCCUUAAAAUGCAUUUAUUACUGAAGUAAGGGCACCUUUCUGUAAAAUUUGUAUUGAUUCAUACAAACUUUUCACCCUUUAUAUUUGAAGGGAGGCUAUUUUUUUUAUUUUGAACUUGUGACCUUAAGACUAUAAUAUUUUCAAUAGAAUUCAUUGCUUGGGGUUCUUUAUGAGUAAAA